UGUGACGUCAUAAGCCUGCGCCGCUCCCGCGUUGUGAUUCAACUGGAGAAAGGAUAAAGGGUCCAAACACAGAUAAAAACUCCUGCUGAAGCGACUGAUCUCCACACUGUUAUAAAGAUGGCGUUUAUUAAAGUGGAGAGUGAAGACCUGAAGAUUGAAGAAACAUUCACAGUCAAACAGGAAGAUCUGCAGGAACAAACAGAAGAAACAUUCAGAGUCAAACAGGAAGAUCUGCAGGAACAAACAGACCUGAUGGUACUGAAAGAAGAGACUCAUCAACAGAAUGAAAUGGAAGAGAAACAGCAGAAACCCCAAAAAAUAAUGACUGAUGAAAAACCUACACUGACUAAAAAGACUUCAUCACACGGAAGACCUCGGAAAUCCAAAUCUGGGUGUAAUUUCAGCUGUAAACAGUGUAGAAAGAGUUUCAGUCAAAAGUCAAACCUUGAUGUUCACAUGAAAGUUCACACUAGGAAGAAACCUUGCACUUGCAAACAGUGUGGAAAAAGCUUCAGUAAUACAGGAAACUUAACCGUGCACAUGAGAAUUCACACUGGGGAGAGGCCGUAUAUGUGCCAACAGUGUGGAAAAAGCUUCUAUCAUGCUGGAAACUUGGCAGAGCACAUGAGAAUUCAUACCGGAGAGAAGCCUUACUCUUGCCCUCAGUGUGGAAAGAGUUUUAAGCAAAAUGGCACCUUUAAAGUCCACAUGAGAAUUCACACUAGGGAGCAACCUUACAGCUGCGAACAGUGUGGAAAGAGUUUUGGUCAAAUACAAGACUUUAAAACCCACAUGAGAAUUCACACCGGAGAGAAGCCUUUCAGCUGUAAACAGUGUGGAAAGAGUUUCAGAAAAAAGCCAAACCUUAAUGUUCACAUGAGAGUUCACACUGGGGAGAAACCUUACACCUGCAAACAGUGUGGAAAGAGUUUUAGUCAAAAACAAAGCUUUAAAACCCACAUGAGAAUUCACACAGGAGAGAGGCCGUUUACAUGCCAACAGUGUGGAAAAAACUUCCAUAAUUCAGGAAACUUUGCAAUGCACAUGAGAAUUCACACUGGAGAAAGGCCCUACACUUGCCAACAGUGUGGAAAAAGCUUCUAUAAUGCAAGAAGCCUUGCACUGCACAUGAGAAUUCACACUGGAGAGAAGCCUUUCAGCUGUAAACAUUGUAGAAAGAGUUUCAAUCUAAAGCAGAACCUGAAUGUUCACAUGAGAGUUCACACUAGGGAGAAACCUUACACCUGUGAACAGUGUGGAAAGAGUGUUGGUAAAAAACACGACCUUGAGAUCCACAUGAGGAUCCACACUGGAGAGAAACCUUACACAUGCACAGAGUGUGGUAAAAGUUUCAGAUGUAAAAACACACUCAAAUACCACAUGAAAACUCACACCGGAGAGAAGCACAUGGAUGGUCACACUGGAACCAUAGUGUUCACAUGUGAUCAGUGUGGAAAGAGUCUCACACGCAAAGACUCCUUUAACAAACACAUGAAGACUCACUCAGAUGAGGAUCGUUUUAGAUGCAGAGAGUGUGGAAAGGGCUUUAAACAUAAAAGAAGCCUCAUCACUCACCAGAAGCUUCACAAUGGAGAGCAGAGUCCUCAAAAAUGAGGCCUUGUCCACACAAACACAGGUAUAUUCAAAACGGCAGCUUGUUUAUGUAGUUUGGCUGUUCAUUCAUGUGAAGUUUAUUUAUAAACUAUUUUCGUUUUCCCCGGGUUCCCAUAUUUCCUCCCACAGUCCAAAACACACGAGCUAAGUAAACUGAACAUUCUAAAUUGGCACCAUAGUCGAGCUCUGAGUAAGCCGUAUAUCUCUCUUUAGUCAUUCCUUUAUGUGUCAUUAGCACAGAAACAAGUCUGGGGAGUUCAUCAAGAUCUACCUAAGCUCAAACUCCCCUCUCACCCUGCUUACGAGAGGGAGCCCAGGCCUUGAGGAUCUUAUGAGCUUAGGGCUCUCUCCCGGGACAGCAUGCCAAACAAGUGUGAACUCUUGAAUACAUAUCUGAUACUGAUAAUGAAACCCUUUAAACACCUGAAGAUGUAAACUCAAUAGCUGAAGAGGGGUGAAGAUUUUGACAACUGUUUUGUAGUGUAGAUCAGGGAUCACAGCCCAGUACCAGGUUGUAAGAUUUGCUACUGGGCUACAAGAAUGCAAAACAACUCUAUAUGUUGAUAGAUUGUAUGGCUUGUUUCACAUGCAAACAAGUAUCUGCAUCUGAAAAGGUGUGAACCAAAUGGCCUACAGGAACUCAAGAGUUGUGACCCAACCAAAACAGUUGGGUAAUCUCUAAGGGGUUACAUCCGUUGUUAUAGUGUCUCACAGACAGUACUUUGGGUUAAGCUACUUGAAGACCGACGACUUAACAUCACUGCUGAGGAGCUGCAUUAUUCCUUGUCUAUAAUAAAGCCUUCUCCCCGUAAGAACUUUGGUCAGCUUACUUAUUUGAUGUAUUAGAGUGAUCUAACAAUGUGCUUCAACUUUGGAUUGCAUACACUGUAAAACUGCAGGGUUCCACACAAUUCUUUCAUGUUGUCACAACACAAAUUUAUGUGGAUUGAACAUUAAAAAAAAAUUGUCCCACUGAUCUUUUAAGAAU